AUGAAAUUCACAAUUGCUUUGUCAUCGAUCCUGGCUGUUUGCUCAGUUACCACAGCUACUCCAAUUUUCUCCAGCUCGACUACAAGUACCGAAUCUAGCACUUCAACCGUCAUUACCAGUGCACAAGCUACACCUUCAGUUGAUCUUGGUCUGUCAUCAAAGGGCACUAUGGAUUUAAUCAAAGAAUAUGUAGAAACAGAAGAAAAUUGCGAGCAAGUAACGAAAACGCAAAAACUGGUAGAAUUUGAAGAAAUGUGUCAAGAAAAUUUGGUAACAUGGCUAGAGAGGGAAUACCAGGAUUUGAAACGCAAAUUUUGGAAGCACCUACAUGGUCCAAGGCACAGGAAAGUGCUUAAAAAGCUUGAGCUUGAAAUUAAAGCCCAAUAUCAGAUUCUUUGUGAUCUUGAAGAAAGUUGCAUGUAUUUAUGUUGCAGUAACUCUCAACUUUAUUCAAAAUUGCGCGCAAUCAAAGUACUACUUGAAGAUAGCUUGCUCAAAGAAAAUUCGGGCUUGGAAACAGCCGAUGCUCAUACACAAUCCGUCGACGCAUCUCCUAGUUCUGUACCAAAUCAACAGUCAUAA